GUGGGUCGGGGAGUCCGGUGGAGGCCCGUUUGGGUGGGCUGAACGAAAGGGGCUCCGAUGUUGUCCCUAGGAAUAAUGUGUUGAAUUUUAGGCCUCCUGGGCCUGACCCAAAUGCUAGCGGGGUUGGGCCAUCGCAGGGUGGGUCGUCUGGACUGUUGGGGGAUGGACCACAUGAUGUUGGGCUCAUGCAAAGGGAGGAGGUGGAACGGGCCAAGACAUUUUUGCAGCCAGUAGAGUCUGGGCUGGAGUAUAAAGAGUUAGGCCCGUCAAAAGAGGCUUGUAUGCUGGGAUGGACUGGCCCACGGUUGAUGAAAGGGCCAGAUGCAGGUAUUUCUCCCUUCUGGCUGAAGAGCAUGGAGGAGCUGGAGGAUCCAAGCCCUGCGGGGAGUCCAAAUACUGAUGGUGCCCUUAUGGAAGAAGCUCAGAGGUAUGGAAAUUUAUCUAGCCUUGGUGGAUUGUUGGUCCCUGUUGCUUCUGCUUCCUCCCCUAUUUUUUCUAGUCGGACCCCUUUGGGGUAUUACGACUUUUCUGGUGUUGGUUGGGAGGUUGCCCAGAGAGACUCCCAGGGCUGCAGUGGCAACGGUGUAGAGGUUAUGGAGCAAGGGGCAGUAGCCAAUUGGGAGUUGAUGGAGGCCAGCAAUGGUAGUAAUGGUGAAGGUGGAGAGGAGCUACGUCUGAUCCGUACAGAGACACAGGGAGACAAAGGAUGGGAAGAGGUUGAGUGGGAAGAUAGUGAAUUGGCCAGGUUUAGCAAAUUUCUGGGGUUUUCGACAAAAGGCUUGGAGAAGGAUAUAUUGGAGUUUUUGGUGAAGAUCAGAAAAAGGAGGGAAAAAGUCCAUAGUAAAAUUCUUCUGGACAAAUCGAAGUUUGAACGGGAGCUGAAAAGAUUAGAAUGCUCCAUUAAUUAUGAAAGGGGGAAGAAGCUGAGGAAUGGGAUGCAGCAAGAGGGGAUCAAAUGUUGGUUAUCCAAUGAAGUUAAGACUGUUAAGUUGGAACGUGCGGGGAGCUAAUGACAGCUCCAAGAGGAAGGUGAUUAAGGCCAUGAUUAGGAGUCAAAGGGUGGAUUUGUUUUGCCUCCAGGAGACAAAAAUCCAACCUAUGGCUGAGGGAGUGGUUAGGAGUCUAGGCACUGGGAGGUUCCUGGAAUGGGGUGCUCUGGAUGCUCAUGGCUCUGCGGGUGGUGUGCUGAUUUGUUGGGAUAAAAGAACCUUGGAAAUGAUUGAGAUGGAAGUGGGUCAGUUCUCUAUCUCCUGUAGGCUAAGGAAUGUGGAGGAUGGGUUUGUCUGGACCUUCACAGGUGUUUAUGGGCCGUUCUCUAGGGUGGACAGGGAGGCUUUUUGGGAAGAGUUAGGGGCAAUUAGAGGCAUAUGGAGUGACCCGUGGUGUAUUGGGGGCGAUUUUAAUGUCGUCCUGUCUCAAAGAGAAAGGAGCAGUCAGGGAAGGAUAAGUGGUGCAAUGAGAAGAUUCGCCCAGGUAGUUGACGAUCUAGAGCUUCUAGAUCUUCCGCUGCAAGGUGGUGUGUUCUCAUGGAGUGGGGGUAGAAAUAACCAAGCAUGGGCAAGAUUGGAUAGAUUCCUUGUGACCCAGUGCUGGCCGGACAAUUUUUGUGGGAUUGUUCAAUGUAGGUUGCCGAGGCCCACAUCUGAUCAUUUCCCUAUUAUGCUGAAGGGUGGAGGGUUAAGACGAGGCCCAUCUCCGUUUAGGUUUGAAAAUAUGUGGCUGAAAGUUGAUGGCUUUAAGGACCUCCUUCGGGAAUGGUGGCAGGGGACUGUGGUGAGGGGGAAGGCCAGCUUUAGAUUGGCCUCUAAGCUGAAGGUGAUGAAACAGAAAAUCAAAGAGUGGAAUAGGGAGGUGUUUGGCAGACUUGAAGUUAACAAGAAUUUGGCCCUCCAGCAGGUUGAGUUCUGGGAUAGGGUGGAGAGUGAAAGGAGCCUGUCAGAGAACGAAACGGAAAUGAAAAAGGAAGCUAAGGAAACUUUCAAGAAGUGGGUUCUUCUGGAAGAAACCCAUUGGAGACAAGUGUCAAGGGAGUUGUGGUUGAAGGAAGGAGACAAAAAUACAGGUUUCUUCCAUCGCAUGGCCAAUGCCCAUCGUAGAAAUAAUUCAUUGGACAGAAUCAAAAUCAAUGGGGUGUGGAGGGCUGAGGAGCAGGAGGUAAGGGAGGGGAUUGUGCAAAAUUUCCAGCAACUUCUCACUGAAGAGCCAAGUUGGAGAGCGGAUAUUGAGGGGCUGCACCUCCCUCGCCUAAAUUCUUGUGAGGCUGAAGGUUUGGAGGUGCCCUUCACUAUGGAAGAGAUCCAUUCUGCUUUGAUGGACAUGAAUGGGGACAAAGCUCCUGGACCAGACGGGUUUACAGGGGCUUUUUGGCAAAACUGUUGGGAAUUUGUGAAGGAGGAGAUCAUGGAUUUGUUCAAGGAGUUCUAUGUGCAAAAAUCCUUUGAAAAGAGUCUCAACACCACUUUCUUGGUUCUUAUCCCUAAGAAAGGGGGAGCAGAGGAUCUUGGGGAGUUCCGGCCUAUUAGUUUGUUAGGGGGUUUGUACAAGCUUGUGGCGAAGGUGUUGGCAAAUAGAUUGAAGAAGGUCCUUGGAAAGGUGGUUUCAAUGGACCAGAACGCCUUUGUGAGGGGGAGACAGAUCUUGGAUGCCGCCCUUAUUGCUAAUGAGGUGGUUGACUUCUGGUACAAGCGUAAGGAGAAGGGGUUGAUAUGCAAAUUGGACAUCGAAAAAGCAUAUGACAGCAUCAACUGGAAGUUCCUUAUGAAGGUCUUACAAAAGAUGGGAUUUGGGACUCGGUGGAUGGAGUGGAUUUGGUGGUGCAUUUCAACUGCUAAAUUUUCUAUUUUGGUAAAUGGGGUACCGACAGGUUUUUUCCCAAGUUCCAAGGGGCUGCGUCAGGGGGACCCUCUAUCUCCCUAUCUUUUUGUCAUGGGUAUGGAAGUGUUAAGUGCUCUCAUAAGAAGGGCUGUUGGGGGAGGGUUCGUCUCAGGGUGCAGCCUUAAGGGGAGAGGAGGGCUGGUGAUGGAGGUUUCUCAUCUACUAUUUGCAGACGACACAAUUAUUUUUUGUGAAGCUAAGAAAGAGUAUCUAACCUCUUUAUGCUGGUUUUUGGCUUGGUUUGAGGCGGCGUCUGGUCUAAGAAUAAACCUAGCUAAAAGCGAGCUAAUCCCUAUUGGGGAGGUUGAAGAUAUUGAGGAAAUGGCAGUGGAGCUUGGGUGCAAAGUGGGAGCUCUUCCCUCAGUUUAUCUGGGGCUGCCCCUUGGAGCCCAUCACAAGGCCAUAUCUAUGUGGGAUGGGGUGGAAGAAAGAAUGAGGAGAAGAUUAGCCCUUUGGAAAAGACAAUACAUUUCUAAGGGUGGGAGAAUAACCCUCAUCAAGAGCACCUUGGCCAGCAUUCCAAUUUAUCAAUUGUCCCUCUUUCGGAUGCCAAAGUCAGUAGCGAAAAGGCUUGAAAAGUUACAAAGAGAUUUUCUUUGGGGAGGGGGGAGGAUGGAAAGGAAAGUUCACCUUAUCAAAUGGGAGGUGGUGUGCACUCACAAAGUGAAUGGUGGGCUUGGAAUACGGAAGAUUGAUCUCCUUAACAAAGCCUUAUUGAGCAAGUGGAUUUGGAGAUUUGCCUUUGAAGAGGAUAUUCUUUGGAAGAAAGUGAUUGGGGUGAAAUAUGGUCAAGAAGGCCUUGGUUGGCGGACAAAUGAAGCCCGCGGAGCCUUUGGGGUUGGGGUUUGGAAGGAGAUCUUGAAGGAGGCAAAUUGGUGUUGGGAUAACAUUAGGUUUAAGGUGGGGAAGGGGACGAGAGUAAACUUUUGGACUGAUCACUGGUGUGGUGAUGAGGCGCUGUCCAGAAGUUUCCCUCAAUUAUUUGCUUUGGCGGUGCACAAAAAUGAAACUAUCAGUGAGGUUUGGGACUCUAGCCUUGGUCAAGGAGGUUGGAACCUCAGAUUUACUAGGGAUUCAAAUGAUUGGGAGCUGGAUUUAAUAGAAGCUAUGUUUAACAUGCUGAGGGAUUUCAAGAUCUCUCAAGAGGAGGACUCGGUGGUUUGGAGAGGCGGAGGUCAAGGUACUUUUGGAGUCAGAAGUGCUUACAAUCUGCUGGCUGCUCCUAACUCCAUUGAUUUCCCGGUUAGAUGCAUUUGGGUGGACAAGGUCCCUACUAAAGCUGCUUUUUUUGCUUGGGAAGCUACAUGGGGGAAGAUCCUUACGUUGGAUAGGCUCCAAAGAAGAGGGUGGCAGCUUCCUAAUUGCUGUUUUUUGUGUGGUUGUGAAGAGGAAAAUGUAAAUCACAUUCUUUUACACUGUACAGUGGCUAGGGUUCUCUGGGAUAUCAUCCUUGCCUUGUUUGGGGUUCAUUGGGUGUUCCCAGAGACGGUCAUAGAGGUGUUACUUAGUUGGAGGGGCUCCUUUGUGGGGAAAAAGAGGAAAAAAAUCUGGAAUUCCAUACCGGUGUGUAUUUUUUGGACGGUGUGGAAGGAGAGAAAUAGAUUAGCCUUUCGAGGGGGUUCUUUAGACAUACAGAAACUCAAAAAUUACUUUGUUUGUAACUUGUGGAGUUGGGCUAGAGUGUACAUGGGAGAGGAGUCCUCUUCGCUUUUACUUUUUUUGGAGUGGCUAGCGGCUACCUAAGGGCCGUGUGAGGCUGCUUGUCUUUCUUGCGUUUUGGGGUGGGGCUGAGGUUGUAUACAUCCUGUAUGCUUUUGGCUUAUUUUGCCCUUUAAUAUAAAGUUGCGCUUAUUUAUCAAAAAAAAAAAAAUGUUAUGAAGGUACACUCUUUACUUUCCUCGAUUAUUGAUUCUUUGAGUGCACAUGGCUUGCUUGAGUGUUCUUUGAAUAAGCUUACAUUAUUGUUUUGUUAUGUAUUCCUUGUCCUUUUUUAUUCAUUGGUUUCCAUUAAUUUACUAAUCAAUUGUCAUAGUUACUUCAACUUAAUUAGUAGAGACCUUUAUUUAGGACUUAGAGUGGGGUGUUAUCUUAUGAUACCUUCCCGAUAGGUAACCCAACUCUUGAACGUAGACUCAAAUUUUCAAAGACAUACUUUUUGGAAAAUAGAAGUCAUUUAUAAGGAUUUUAUUUCUUAUUUUCUUUUUCCUUUUAAAAAAUAAAUAAAAAUAAAUAGCGACUCCAAUUUUUACAAAAAUUAAUUUUUCAUUUAAAAACGAGUUUUGUCAUCCAGUGAGGACACACAUGAAAAAAGCAGGUCCACAUGGGAUAUUCCAUUUUUUUUGCAAGGCUUAACUCCUUUGAAACGAAAUUGCUACAAAAUGAAUUGGAGUUGAUGAAUGCCAUUGGUAUCAACCACAAAAAUGAUUAUAGAAUCCCUAUUACUUUAACCACGUGCACACACACAUAUUUAUUCAUUUAUAUCUUCUAAUUAUCUCACUCUCUUUUUAAAUGUCAAUUCAUACUUCAUUCAAUGGGUUUUGAAAUGGUCCCAUGUUUUGUUAGAAAUGGGAAAUUUGUCAAUGAUGGAAUUCUUAGAUAGCCUUAACCAUGGGUAGUUUGGAUUUUCUAAAGCUAUUUUUUUGCAGAUGCUUUUCUGUAUUUUUUGUUUUGUUGCUUUGUGUAUACUUCUUGUAUACAUAAAGUGCACCCAUUUUCUUGGUGCUCUUUAUUAAUAGAUGCUCUGUUUGCUUCCUUUUAUGCUUUUCCCAGUAGGACAGCCAUGGACCACAGAUGGUAUCCUGUCAUGGCUUUUCACCUCUUUCUAGUGUCAUUUCACAAGCUGAUUCUACCCAAAGACAUCAAAAGGGUCUUGAUGUGGUGCUGGGACCAAAAAGCGCAGUUCUAAUUCUUGACGAUACAGAAAGGGUUAGUAUAUUUGUAGUCAUCUAAAUCCUAAUGUCCUUUUUUUGCUUUAUAUCUUUUUAUUUUGUGGUCCAUGUUUGUCUGGUAAUUCCUGUCAAUAGCUUGCUGAAUUGAAAUUAUACUAUUUUCUUAUGUCAAUUGCCAUCCUUUUUGUUUCUGACCUUUUCAUUAAGAUCCAUUUUUUUCCAGUACAAAAUUUUUUACAGUAUAAUGGAUUUUCAAAGUAAAAACAUUUGGAUGAAUAGUCUUAUUCUGUUUCCAGUGUUUGAUUUUACCUUUGAAAAUGACUUGUAUAAUAGUACUAAGUUUUUUAUGUUGAAUGUUUAUGGAAUUCUUCAGCAGAAAAUAUUUUUUUACAAUUAAUAAUUGUAUAUUUAUUAAAUAAAUGCAAAGUUAAAUCAGUUCAUAUGAGAUUAUGUUAGUUAUAAAGUUCAUCCAAAUUUAGUAUCACAUAAGCAGGUGUAUGUCUGUUAAUCAUGUUCAAAGCUAUUUUCAAAGAAGAUUAAUAUAAAGAGCUUACCAAUUUUUCAGCCUUCAUCAUAGAUCCUAGCUAAAAUUCAUCAUAGUAAUAUCUAUAGUUACACCAAAAAAAAAAAAUGGAACUCAAGGACUGAAAAGUUGAAAACUCAGAUAAGUUGCAGUAUGGAGUCUCUUUGAACUGUUCUUUCACUUAUGCUCUGUUGAAACUAGGUUCUAAUUCAAAAAAACAAAUACUACUAUGAAUCCAACAUUAUAGAGAAAUAAAAGGGAUUCAAGAAAUGAAAAACAUAAAACAUUUCUGAAAACCGGUAGUUUGUCUUUUGGAAGUAACUCAUUUCUCAUAGAAAUCCUAAUGAUUUCAAAAUGCCUAUGCCAAGAUGAGUUCCUUGGAUGAAAUUGUCUUACCGGAAGAAGAAAUUAUAGAGGGCUGCAAAACCUACCUUCUAGAUUAACUUUUGGAGUUAAGGACUUGCUGGACUUGUUACGUCAUGGGGCCUCCCACUUUUGCAGCAGAUGUUUUUCUUGUCCUCAAAAUGUUAUUCUGCUAGUCUGCUCCAUCCCCUAUAUACUUCAAGUUGAACUUAACUAAUUUUGAAAUAGAUAUAAGAUGCCAAGAUAUGCUGGGAUACACAACCUAGAAAAAGAUUAAGAGUACUGCAUUUUUUACAGGAAAAAUUAAGAGUGCUACUGUCUAUCCAGCAAAUAGUUGGGAAAGCCCUGUGGUUGCAUCGGAGUUCUAUGUGCCUGUGGACAAUCUAUCUUCUCAUCUGGGUAGCUAUAUUAAGCAAGUUGGUUGGAACUUCUUUCCAUUUACAAAUAGCUAAACUUAUUUUAGGGAGAUUCAUAUUGUGUUGCACUUCUUUCUUUGUCUAGAAGGAUUCUCAUUCUUCUUUCUUGUUAUUAUUCUGCCAUAGUUAUAUUUUUGCUUCUUACUAGAAAAGAUGUAUAUAUUGGUAGGUAAAUUUUUCUCCCCAUUGGAAGUUGAACCUGGAAUUUCACACAACCCUUUACCACUUGGUUUCUUACUAAAAAAAGAUCCCUGACAUUUAAAUGUAUUGUGGUUGCCUUAUGAACAAGAAGCGGACUUUUAGUUUACUGGAUGGUACAUUAUUUUGUUCCACCUGAAGUUCUUUUUUUUUUUUUUUUUUUGCUUUUUCCAAAUUAUAUCAUUUUCAAAGUUGUUGUUGAGAACUUUGGUUGAUGUAUCUGAAGAUGUUAUCUGUACCGAUUUUUCUGGAUGCGCAAACACAUACAAAGAAGGAAAAUGAUUCUCAUUGCAACAAACAAAGCUGGCAGGCAUCUAACAACCGUCCUCUGUUCCAGAGCUACUGAAUUAUUAUAUUGUUCAUAAAGCCGCAUUGCAUGCAAUAUAUGAUUUUAUAGGAACUUCACAGCAGUUACAUCAUAUGUUUGAAUAGGCAUUGUAAUUAUGAUCCUUAAAAAAUAUUCAAUAAAUAAUCCAUGAGCCCUCCUAUUAUAAUACUGAUAAAGCUAGAUAUGUUUAUUACUUUUACUUUAGGCAUGGAAGAAUCAUAAGGACAAUUUAAUACUGAUGGAAAGAUACCAUUUCUUUGCUUCGAGUUGUCACCAAUUUGGUUUCCAUUGUAAAUCUCUUUCUGAGUUGAAGAGUGAUGAAAGUGAACCUGAUGGAGCGCUUGCAACUAUCCUCAAAGUUCUUCAACAGACCCAUAGCACACUCUUUGAUCCGUGAUAAUUUUUCUGGAAGAGAUGUGAGGCAGGUUCUGAAUCGAUUCGGAGGGAAGUCCAGAAGGGAUGCAAGAUAGUCUUCACUCGGGUUUUUCCUGCCAAAUUCCAGGCUGAUAAUCACCCUCUAUGGAAGAUGGCUGAGCAGUUGGGAGCCUCAUGCUAACAGAACUUGAUCCAUCAGUGUCACAUGUGGUUGCAACAGAUGUGGGAACAGAGAAAUCUCGUUGGGCAGUGAACAAAAAGAAGUUUGUCAUCUAUCCACAGUGGAUAGAAGCUGCAAAUUAUUUUUGGCGAAAGCUGCCAGAAGAAAACUUUUUAGUUAACAAAAUGAAGCAAUGAUUGAGGGUAAGCCCUUGCAAUAGUGUACAUUUCAAAGGACUUUGGCUUCAUUACUAGUAUUUUUACAACUGAAAAUGGUUUGGAGGGCUUUGGCUCCUCUCCAGUACUAGCACUCCUAGAAUCUCUCAGUAUUAUAAAUUUGAGGUUUCCCAUCUAAUGGAGACCUCUCUGCUUAUCCAGAUUCAUUGAUUUUUCGGCCUGCCAAUUUUGGUCCAAUUUUUGGUAAAGGAUUUUCAGGAGAGCAAAGAUCUGAUCAUGGAAAAUCACACAAUCAAGCUGGUUUUGUACAGAUUUAGUGGUGACAUGGUGGUACUUUUCUUUUAUUUUCCUGCCCUUUCCCAAAAAUCUCUGUUCAGUAGCAAUGUGAAAAAUUGACCUUUGAAAAUUUUGUAAAGAAAAGCCAUUGCUGCAGCUAUGCUAAACCAAUGUCAUACUUCUGUUGAGGCGAUAGAAAUUGUAUUUGGCUUUCAAUUGAAUCGAAGGAAAAUAUUAAAAAUUUGGCACAUAUUUUGAGCUUAAUUUUUCAGGAGGUAUGGAUAAAUCAAAAGUUUAUUCUGUGGCUGCAAAAAGGGAUUGUUUACUAAGUUGAUUAGUUUUACAAAAUAGAACCCUAAUUUAUAUAGCAUUUUAUUUGUUUUCUACGAGGUUUGGAACUGGAGGCUGAUCAUUCUUCCUCACCUCUGCCAGAGACUUGAGAAACAGAAGAAGAGACUGUUCAUGAAUUUUGCAAGGUGAUGGUGGCGCGUUGCAUCGGUUGACUUGCUUGGUGUGAUCGGUGCAGGGUUCAUUGUUUGUUUGAGAGGGCCGCAACGAGCCUUGGCCUGUGUGCUGUCAAGGUCAUGCCACAGUUUCAGAAAACCACCCAACGGUAGAUCAAAAGGAGAAGUUCUAUAAAUAUCUGCUUUGUUCUCAGAUAUUUUUCCUCAAAACAAAGAAAUCCAAUCAUGAGAAAAAUAGAUUCGUUUUUUUUUUCUUUUUUUUCUUUUUUUCUUUUUUUUGGUUUAGCCGUUUAAAUCACAAGACAAGAUUCCUUUUAACUAUUGUUGAUCCAAAUCAGGUAGUAUCCAAGGUUGAGUAUUAUUACUACCUAGGGAAGACUACUUAACAAAAAGGUCCAACUCUGAGAGAGAGAGAGAUGUGAGAUCCUAUUUUUAUGUGGCUAUUGAAUUCAAGGGGGUAUAUUCUAAUAUCUAAUCACACUAGCUCUGAGCCAUCACUGUAAAUCAAAGAGACCGAUUACUCCCUUCUCUUGGUGUUGUUUAUCCUGCUUUAUCUUGUUGUGGUUCCAGAUGAGCCGGGUCAUGCCUUACUCCAUCUGUUGGCAAAAGAUUUUCCAACUUGACUCCGACCCACCACUUUCAACACUCUAUAUAAGUAGCUGCCAUGGCAGCAGUCUCCUGCACACAACAUCCUUCCAACUCAGCUCCCUCUCUUCUUUCAAGUACCCUUCCUUUAGGCCUUUUUCUAAGUUAGAAGAUUGAAGCCCUAUCUCCCAAUUAUUUCUAAUCACCUUUUGUCAUCUUUUAGACAGACUUGGUUUGUAAUCUCCUCUGAAGUGACCCAUGGCAUCAACCUCUCUCAAGAGCUCUGGCUCAUGGACCCCAAAGCAAAACAAACUGUUUGAAAAGGCUCUAGCCUUAUAUGACAGGGACACCCCCGACCGCUGGCAGAAUGUGGCCAACGCUGUGGGUGGCAAAUCUGCUGAGGAGGUGAAACAACACUAUGAGAUCCUUAUUCGGGACCUCAAGCAUAUCGAGUCGGGCCGUGUUCCUAUUCCCAACUACAAGUAGCGAAAAGCACCUGUUGGCUUCUGAAGUAUCCUAAAGCUGCAAUAAAGUCCAAGGCUUGGCUCCUAUUAAAUUAUAUUUUUGGAAAAAGUAGAAGCGGACUUAUCAUUUAAGGAAAAAAAAACAGAAAAAAAAAAAAAAAAGUCUGACUCUCUCUGUCUGCUCUUGUAUGCAUGUAAUCACUGUACCACCCUUAUUUUAAUGGAAUAUCUAUUAUCAAGAA